AUGCAAGGCAACACCCAGGAUAACUUGAACCCUGACCCAGGGAUGCAGGCUAGCAGUUUAUGUCACCCCCACUCCCUGCACUUUAAUCUGGAUGAUGAUGAUGAUGAUGAUGAAAGAGUAGUGGAGCAAAAUGAGAAUGCUGGCAAGGUUAUAAGGGUGGAUCUGGAUGCUCAUAAUAAAUGGAGGGAGAGUUUUCACCAGUUCCAUCAAGAUGACAAUAAAAUGGACAUUGAUCUUCCAGAUAAUAGAUGGGCUCCAUUUUCCACAGAAUUGGACUGGAAAUUUGCACAUUGGGCAUUGCAGGAGGGGGUUGGCCAGAAAUCUCUUGAGAGAUUACUGGCAAUUCCUGAACUUUCCCAGAGACUGGGCCUUUUUUAUCAAAAUAGCAGAAGCCUUCUAAAAAUUAUCAACUCCAAAAUUCCUGAAAGGGCCAAGUGGCACUCAAAAUAUCUACACUUUGAUGAUUGUCCAGAAGAAAAACACCUUAAACAAUAUAGAGACCCCUUACAAGUCAUUGCUUCUUUGUUGGGCAAUCCAGCACAUGCGACAGACAUAGUCUAUAAACCCUCAAGAAUAUUCACAAACAGCAACAGGGAUGAUCAUAUAUUUGAUGAGAUGUGGACUGGGAAAUGGUGGCAUUCUGUACAGGCUCUUCUACCUCAGGGAUCAUCUGUUGCUCCUGUUAUAAUAGCAACAGACAAAACUCGGUUGACUCAGUUCUCAGGCAACAAGUCUGCAUAUCCAGUGUAUCUUACACUAGGCAAUAUACCCAGCUUUAUUAUGCGCAAACCCUCUCAGCACGCUUGUGUACUUAUUGGAUAUCUGUCUGUCAAUAAAUUGGUAAAAAAAGGCUUGACAACAAAGGAGAAGACAGCACAUCUUAUGGGUACAGAGGAACUGGAUGCAAGAAUACGCACUUUACCUCCUGCAUAUGGAUCAAAGCAUUUCAAAAAUGGUUUAUCGCCUCUUUCUCAGAUAUCUGGAGGCAAAAGAAAAGAUAUGGCCAAGUACCCCACACACAGCGAUACAACCCUUGGAUAUCUAUCAGAUGCUCUCAAAACAUUUCAUCAAAACAAAGCAAUUUUCGUCACUCUGGGUGUUAGAGAAAAUUUUAAUAUUCCUAAAUUUCACUCUCUACUACACUAUGUCAACUCUAUUCGCUGGUUUGGGGCUACAAAUAACUACAACACAGAAAUGUUUGAACAUUUCCACAUAGACAUGGCCAAGGAUGCAUGGAGAGCAUCAAAUCAUAGGAAUGAGCGUCCACAAAUGACCACCUGGCUAACAAGGCAAGAAAAAACUGUGUGGUUUGAAUGCUAUCAAUUGUCUUUACAAAAUAGACCAGUUCUAGGUUAUAUGUCCAGAAAUCAAGUCAAUAUUGCAAAUCUCCCAUUUGAUUCACUUGAUGUAUUCACUUGUUUCAAACUCACUCCAAUUCACCUUGGAGAUGAUGCUAGUGCAAGUGUAAAGUACAAAGUCAUCAAAGCAAGACCUAGCUCCAAAGGAAUUGCUCCACAGUUUGAUAAUGUUGUUGUAUUAGACUCAUUAGAAGCAGAGUCAACAGAUGUUGCUGGUACACAUGUUGGAAGAGUUAAAGUAAUAUUCAAGCUCCCUGCCAUUUUUCAUGGUGGUUCUGUUGGUAUACCAAAACAUUGGCCCAAAAUUCCAUUGGCGUACAUUGAAUGGUACACCAAGUUGAAAGGUAGUGCAGAUCCAGCACAUAUGAUUUUGUAUGUGUACCAAACUAUUUGGUGA